AUGGCCAAACAAAUGCGCGAUCCUAUACAAUUGAGAUAUCAUGUUCUUGGACCCUUCUUCCCAGGACGCGAUGGCACUACAAUUGCAGAGAGCAAUGUACAAUUCCAACUAGCACACCACCCUAAUUACUGGACACAACUCCGAAAACAAUCACUAAAAGAGACAAUACGCACCACUGGUCCCGUUGCGCGAGUUUGGCGUGUCUCGUUGAAAGAUACUGUCCUGCCUCUUGGUGGUGGUCCUGAUCAGAAAAUGAUACAUAACAAAGACGUUUGGGGCGAUGAUGUCGAGGAAUUCAAGCCGGAGCGGUGGAUUGGUCGCAAGCCCAUGUGGGAGUUUGUGUGUUUCUGGGGUGGCCCUCGACUGUGUGCCGCCCAGCAGCAAGUCUACACCUAUGUCAUUUAUGCCAUGGUCAGGCUGACCCAAAGAUUCGAGAGCAUCGAGAACUGUGACCCGGUCUACGAGUACGUCGAGGGUCUCAUGCCCUCCAUUGAAAGUGUGAAUGGUGUCAAAGUAGCCUUCAAAAACUCUUGA